AGGCCAGAUGUCCUUCAGGAGCCACAACUGUUAGACAAGAGAGGUCAUGAAAUCACCGUGUUUGUGCAGACAACGCCGGUGCUGAUAAGUAGCCUUAGUGCAAGGUCAGCUGAACCAGAACCUCCGGUCCUGUAUUUCUAGACAGAGGCAAUACCUUAUAGAGCUACAUAUGAAGUGCAACCUGAAGAGUAAGAAACAACACAACUGUAUCUGAAACCACGUUCACAGAAAUACCGUCUCUUUAGGCAUCAAGUGGGAAUUCAUUAACGCUGAUGCAAACCAAAGCACCACAGCAGACCCAGGGAGAGAGACGUACCGCGAACGAGGAGGAAGGGGAGAGAGAUUGAAAUAAUUUACGACCAGAGCUUUUGUUUCUACAUACGUGCAGUCAAUCAACGUUGAAAAGAUGGGAAAUGCAGAAAGCAAUGCCUAUCGGAACCACCUUUCCAGAUUUCUUCCUGAGGAGCAGUCUGAUGUUGAUGGCCUAUUUGAUACCUUAUCGGGAGCAAGCAGCUCAGCAGCAGCCAAAAAUGGAAAAGCUAUGAAGAAAACUGUGACUCUGGAAGCACUGAAGGCAUAUAUGAGGGAACCAUUGCCAGAGCAGAUGACUGUUCGGUUGUACAACGGAAUGAGAAGUAUUGACCUGACUGGAAAAUCAUCUGCGCUGAGUGACCACGUUGCUAAGGAGCAGUUUGUAAUUUUUAUGUCCAACCUCUUAAAAGGGAAUGCAGAUGAGAAGAUUACCAUAAUAAUGAGAAUGAUCUCCACCACAGAAGGGCCUGUGAAGGGCAAGGAAAUCCAAGAGUUCACAGAGGAUCUGAUCAAGUCUGUAGUCCAUGUACUGAGCUACAGGAAGGAACUGAAAGGUUGGACUUUGGAGAAUACUAGGGAUUCUGCAGGUGGAAUAAAGGCUCUGUCUUCUCAGCUUCUAUCAGAAUUGAAACUUGCAGAUGGGACAAAAGCUGUGAGUCCUCAGCUGAUGGAGAUGAGCUUUGAUAGAAGUGUCAUUGAGGACUGGGUGUACCGAGUUCCACAAAUCUCAGCUUUCCUCAGCGUUGUUCUCAGGCAAGGCCUUCAUGUUCUGCAUUCUCUCCCAGACCAAACCAAAGACAUAGUCAACUUGGUUCCAGGCUGCAAAGGCAUCAAAGGAAGAAUUGUCAGCCUCUUUGACAUCCCAUCCAUCAUAUACAUCAACUCCCAUUUGCCUGCAGAGCUGCAGCAUAAGUGGCGGCUUUUAUUUUCCUCUAAACUUCAUGGAGAAAGCUUCUCCCAGCUGUGUGCACACAUAGUGAACAAAGGUCCCUGCGUUGUGAUCCUGAAGGACACAGAUGGCUUUAUCUUCGGUGGUUUUGCAUCUCACUCCUGGGAGGUGAAACCACAGUUUCAAGGUGACAAUAGAUGCUUUCUGUUCUCUGUUUUUCCCUCUCUUGCUGUGUACACAUACACUGGAUAUAAUGACCACUACAUGUAUUUGAACCACGGCCAACAAACAAUGCCAAAUGGACUUGGCAUGGGUGGUCAGCAUGAUUACUUCGGACUCUGGGUGGACAGUGAUUAUGGGAAGGGACACAGUAAAGCAAAACCUCGAUGUACCACCUACAACAGUCCUCAGCUGUCAGCUAAAGAGAACUUUACACUGGAUGCCUUGGAAGUCUGGGCAGUGGGAGACAUGCCUGAAAGUGCAGAGACUAAAGGUAAGAAGAGUAUCCUGGAUGUAGACCCUGAGGCUCAGGCCUUGCUAGAAAUGACUGGAAAAAGUCGGCACAGCGAAGGUUUACGAGAACCCAUUGAAGAUGAAGAUGAUGAUAACUGAAAGGAUUUGCUCCUCCAUGUUAACAUUCCUCUUUUUUUCUCCCUUAUACUUCCCUAAUUAUCUAGGGCUGCCCUUAAGCCUCACACUUACAUAUUUAGGGUUCAAUGCAAUAUUCUGCCUAAAGGGUUUUAUUUGGGGAGGACAGAAAAAUUAACUACAUACUUCAGAGAUACCUAAUAAUUAAGUUCCAGCUGAAUAUGAAUAUCAUUCCUAGUAGAUCCUGCCUGCAUAUUGAAUUUAAAAACAAGAAGUUAUUGGCAGUACUGCGUACUGACCUGGGGAACUGAUGCGUAGUUAAGUGGAAACAAGACAUUGAUUAAGGCACUUAUACCUCAACUACAUGUAUUUAUUUGUAUGCAAUGAAAUUAGUGCAAAUUUUGAUUAUAUCUUAUGUUGGUAAACACAGAAUAGUCCUCAUGAUUCUAUAUGAAGAAUGUUAUUAAUUUGCUUUGCUCCAGUUAAAUCAAGUAACUUUGUGGGCUGUAAGAGGGGCAGAACACUUAAGCAUACAGAAUCCAGUUUUAUGGUAAUACACUACAUUUCAAUGGAUUUCACUAAAUAUGUUUCUGCAGAAAUGUACCUAUUGUUUUUUAAACAUAGUAAAAUGAAGUCAAUGGAGUCAGUCAUAUUUAUCCUAAGAAUGAGCCAACCCUGUGCUGGAACAAACAUACCUCCAGCAGAAAUUCCCAAGGGAAGGUGCCUUCUUUAGUGACCUCGAGAGGUGUAAAAGGUGAAACUGUAAAGUGGAUUAAGCAAGAAACAUCCACAGGUAAUUGUGAAUAAUAGCUGCACAUAGCUGUAAAUAAAUGAAUGAAUGAAAGCAAGGCUUAUGCCUUUAACUCAUGUAAAGCAGACUACCACACAUUUUAUUUCCACAUACUUCAUCAGCAUUGCUGUAUCAUGAGAAAGAUGACAGAAGCAUGAAACAUCACUUGCAGGUUGGGAUUCUGAUCAUGUGGCAUUCAUUCAUUUUCUUGUAUGUGGGUCUUUCCCUCUGAUGCUUUCCACAGAGAACCAAAUUUGAAAUUCCAUGUAAUCUGCAACUGUGCCUUAAUGUAGAUCCCACUUGUUUUAAAUAAGGUAUAUAUGAAUUUGUCCUUGGGAGGACAGCACAAGAAAUCACUCCAGCCAUACAUCCUGCAAUUCAGCUGUGCAUUUAGUGUGCCACUUCUAAAUGGUGUAUGGUAGAAAAUGCUGUGCAGACAGCAGCUCAUUGCAUGAUGCGUUCUGUAAGAGUGGCGAUGCUGACUUCUGUUUUAACACAUUGUCAAACUCCCACCAAACGCAGCAUUCUUUGCUCAGGCCCCAUCAACACUUACUAAAUACUGCCAAAGCAGAGAGCAUACAGAAAUGAGACAUAGUUGAAUUUCUGCAAUUACACAGUAAGUAAACUACUCAACUCACUUUUUCCCCCUCACGAUGAGGCAGACUUUUUCUUGAAGACAAAAACCAUUUGCGAGGAUAUUUUUAAAACAGCAAGCAGGGGAGGGUGAAUUGCACAAAGCUGUUCUUCACCAAAAAUUAUUACAGUUGCUGAGCUUUCUUCGAAUUAAACGACGUGUCAGUCGAGCUCGUUCUUUCUAGGCUACAAAUUGAAGCAUUUUGAGCUCCAAAAUUGUGUUUUAUGACAAGUUUAAGUCUGAGACUCUUAUCUUCACUUUAUAGUGUUAAGCUGGAGCAGGAAGAAAACUGACACCAUGGCACUUGUAGCAGAUGUCAGUGAAACACUACUUACCCAACCAGCACUUGGGACUGUUCAAGAUGGGCAUGGAAGAAUCUCAAUGUUUUUGAUUGAGCAAUCUGUGUUUACACAUCAGUAAGCAUCCAGAAAAUGGUUCUGAGCAGCAGGCUUGAUCUAAACAUCUCUCACUUUCAUGCAGUUGUUGAUCCAACUUCAAAGCUCAACAUCCCACGCUCUUGAGAGUGAGUCCCUUCCCCAUUAAAUCCAUCCACCGCUGCACACCAGCCCAGCCAACCACUUUGCUCCUUCUGGUUACAUAGGGACAAAAAACCACUGCUGUGUUCAGCAGAGGCUGACUGGAGUGCUGCACUUCAGCUCUCAACUCUUUGUUUGAAAACGGACCCCAGAUUCCUUUAGAGUCUUGCUGGAUCACAGAAUCUGGAAACACUUUAGAUUGGUGAUAUAAGUGCUCACAAAGGCAGUUCUUUUCUGCUCAGCUAAUUUAAAACAAAAAGAUGGGCCUAAAUCAAGAAUCUCGUUCAGAUACUUCUGUGCAUCAUUUUAAAACGUAGAAUUUUAUUAAUAAAAAUCAUUGUGAUUUAAAUAAAUAAAACUUCAAUUUCUGCA